AUGUCUCACAGCGAGUCUGAGGACGACGGCAUUGACGACGCCGAGUUCGACAGAACGACAGAGGGCGACGACGAAAUCGACGAGGACAUCCUGGAUGCCCUCGAGGGUGAUCUCGCUGCCGCCGCCGCAGAGGAGGGCACGGACGGGGAGGAUGACUCCCUCUCAGAUGAUUCCGACGGCGGCUCUGACGACGACGAAGCAGGCUACGACGACGUGCUCUCACAGAAGCAGGUGCAGGUCGAAGACGUCUCCGGCUCUGUCCCUCCUGCCACAACGCUCUCGUCAUCAAGAGACUCGCCGUCUGGAGAAGAACACAGUCCUGCGGCCGCCGCACCACCCCGAAGCCGCUCGCUCUCGCCGGCGCACAUGCGGAGGAUCAAGCUGCUCUCCGACAUCUCGUGGCCCCGGUCGUACACCGUCGAGGCCAUCUGCGCCAUUCCCCAGCCUGUGCCCACCCACUGUCUCGCGUCCUCUCUGUGCCUGACGCACCUCCUCACCGGCUCUGAGGACGGCUACAUCCGCAACUACGACAUCUUCUCCGCCGUGAACGGUAAGGUUUUCCUGACUGCACCGCAGAGGCAUCAUUGCGGUGUCAUGGAGGGUCUCAUGAAAGCUGGUCAGAUCAAGUUCUGGUGGGAGAACCCGGGUGCGUCCGACGCGGGUGUCAACUAUGGCUCGUCUGAGGAGCCACGGCUGUCCUCGGUAUACAGCCUGGCGAUGCACUCGGAUGCACUCUGGUCGCUGGCUGGCUCGGACCAAGGACAAAUCAACUUGUUCACUGUCCGUCACGAUCCUGGCAGGUUGUGUCAUUCGAUGAAAGGCCACCGUGGCCGCCCUGUCUCUGGGCUUGCCAUGCAACACGACGAGAAGGGGUUCUUCAGUGCCGGUUGGGACGGCGAGGCUGUGCAAUGGGACUUGAACACGGGCUGGGCCGUGCGGAACUUUACAGCGCAUGGAUCGCAGCUUACUGCCAUCGCAGUGCGACCGCUGGCUGCUCCGCAUGCGGGUCAUCACUGGAGCUCACCGCGACUGAACAACCAGAUGCAAAUCAGCACACAGGGACCUCCCGGAGAUUCGUCUGCACUCGGCGCCGCCGGCGAGGAGAUGGACUGGCUGAAGGCCGAGCUGGAGGGCGACUCUGAGCUAAUUGGGCAGGCCGCCAUGGGCCGCCGGAUGUCUGCUGGGGCGGCGGCGCCGCCGCCCCAGAAGCACGAAGAAGACGAUAAGUCGGACGGAUCUUACGAUCCUCUCUUUGAUGACGAGCCGGACGCCGACGGCGAGCCCGACCAAGGCGACGGUGCUAUGGUGCCACCCAACCCGGCCGCGCCCCCUUUCAGCAACCUGUCCCAUGCGCGGUUCUCGGAUACGAAGCAGCGCUCGUUUUCUACCUCACAAGCGCAUUCGGGCACUAGGAGCGCCGUGGCUCCAAAGAACGCGCCGCCGAUAUUAGACCCCUUGACCUACGCGACAUUUUCGUCGGACACGUUGAUGACUGCGUCUAUCGACGGGCAAGUCAUCCUGUGGGACACCCGCGUCCACUCGCCCGGGACGGGGGUAGGCCGGCUCUGGAUGAGCGACAAGACGCCGCCGUGGUGCGUCUCGGCUUGCUGGUCGGCCGACGGCGCGCAGAUAUACACCGGUAGACGGAACGGCACCAUCGACAUCUACGACGUCCGACAGACGGGACGUGUGGGGUCGGGGACGCCCAAGAUCCUGAAGACGCUUCGAAAUCCCGUUAGUUCUGGGGUGGUCUCGUGCGUCGUCGCGUUUCCCGACGGACGGCAUCUUGCAUGUGCGUCUAACGACAACAUUCGCCUGUGGAACGUGGCGGAGGCUGGCGAGCCCGAUGCGCUCGGUAAGAUGAAGAGCGGCGUGCAGUUCAAGAUUAUACCAGGACACCAUGGCGGAUUCAUCUCGCAAAUGCUCGUCGAUCCUGCCGCAAGGUUCCUGAUGAUUCAACAACCGCCAUUCGCUCUGUUUGGAUAUUACCACGUCAACGCCCCAUCGCACUCUAGAGAUACGAAUGAAGCCAUUCGUGGAUGUCGAGAGCCCCGCAGCGUUUUCUCCGGCGCGUAUAUCGUCAAUGGCUCACUCUCGCGCGCAAUUUACGAUAGCACUGCAUCGUCACGUCAAAGCCGAUGCCUGGCAGAGAUACCUGCACACUUUAUGUCACGGCUCAAUUCCGAUGUUGGCAUUGCUGUGGCUGCCGUAACUUAUGUCUUAGAUGUGAUCCGACCCAUUGUUGUUCCUGACCAGCUAAGAGAGAUAUUGUCCGCAUUGUGA